CUUGAUGAAUUAAAUAAUUUGAUUGCAGAACUCCCAAUUGACAAUCCAUUUAAUGCUAAUAAGUUUGUACAUCUGGAUGAUAUUUUAUCAAUUGAAGAAAUGCUAGACGAUAUGACUCUAAUUGAACAAAUUCAUCGUAAACAUAAUGGUGAUGAUACUCAAUCUGAUAAUGAAGAUGAACCAUUGUGUAAGAUUUCUUUACAAGAAAGAACUCGUCUUAUUAAGAGUUUGGUAGAAUUUUUGUUGCAACAAAAUGAUAAAUUUGGUAUUUUAGCCAAAGAAUUAGGAAUAGUUAGUCAU